AUGGCCGACGAGGAUUUCGAGAUCGACGUCUACGGCGACUCCAGUGGCGACAACGACACGAAGCUUGAGGACUUGAACGCUCAAGCCUUCGAAGCCAAUUCGGGCAUAACCAUUGCGAAUGGUUCAAAUCUCCCAGAGCGAGACAACUCGGAAGCAGGCGCCAACUCCAACCAUCGCGGAGAAUACAACACCAAAGAACAACACAACCCCGAAGACCGUUCGUCAACGCCGCCAUAUCAGCAGGGUGUUAAGCGUGAAGGAGAAUCCGACGACAGACCGAUCGACCCUGGUGCUACGAGCUGUCUUAUGAUCUCUGAGCUGCAGUGGUGGGUGACAGAUGACGAAAUCCGAGGUUGGGUGAGACAAGCAUCGUGCGAGGACGAACUCAAGGGCAUCACGUUUAGCGAACACAAGGUGAACGGCAAAAGCAAAGGUCAAGCCUAUCUUGAAUUCGCAUCACAGCAAGCGGCAACCGCAGCCAAGCACAAAAUCGAAGCAGCAGGCUCCGACUCUAGCCAGCCAGCUGGAAAGAAGCAAACCGUCGUAUAUUCCAGCCCUACGAACAACCCAUUCCGUACGCUGCCUAAGGACGCACCUGCUCGAGCGAAAAUGGAUUCCGGUUCUCGGGGCGGUUCUAGUUCUGGGUACAACGACCGCGGAGGCGGUGGCUACAGGGGACGGGGCAACUUCAAUAACCCUCGCGGAGGUUUCAAUCGCAACUUCUCGGGCGGCAACAUGGGAGGCAACAUGGGCGGUGGCUAUAACAACAAUAUGGGAGGUGGUGCCGGCUUCAACAACAACAUGGGCGGUGGCAACUUCGGCUUCAAUAACAACAUGGGCGGAGGAGGCAACUUCGGCUUCCGGGGCGGAAUGAUGGGCGGAAAUAUGCGUGGUGGUGGCAUGCGCGGCGGAAGAGGUGGUAUGAAUCCUGGCAUGAAUCCUGGCAUGAACCCGACCAUGGGCGCUGGCAUGAACAACCCUAUGAUGGGAGGCAUGGGCGCAAUGGCAAUGCCGGGCAUGAUGGGCUUCCAACCACCCCACUUCAACCCGGCCUUCUUCGGCGGCAACCAGCAGCAGCAGGCGGACUGGCAGAACCCUCACGGCACUAAGCGGCCACGAGGAGAGUAG